GCUCUAAUUUGACCCCUAGCCUGGGAACUUCUGUAUGCCCUCAGGUGUGGUCCUAAGAAAACAAACAACCAUGAAUGAUAAAUCUCUGAACAUAAAAAGGGCAAUACCUUAUAAAUAAUACCCUGCCCUUGAAAUCCUGUGUUAACUCUCCUCUACCUCUAAAAUUCUCUACUGCCCUCCAGAUUUUUCUUACUAAGUAGCAAAGGGAUCACAAUUACUUUUUAAGGUCCCUAGAGAUAGGAUGGCUUUCUUUCUCAAAGAGCAUGGCAAAGGUGAGUCACUUUAAGAUAGGGUAAAACGAUCUUUAAAACUUUACUCAGCCCCUUAGAGCAGAGAACUUUAUUCCAGUAAUUAAGCUACAUAUAUACAUAUAUUUUGUGCAUCUUUUCCCCCAAAGUUGAACCAGAUCAAAUAAUCCUAGACCAGAGGAACAAAGUCAUAAUCUUUAAGUGAAAAUCAACCAUCUAAUUAAAAUAAGAAUAAAAGAAUGAAUUUAAUACACAUUUAGGAAAAUCUAGGAUAAAAAGAGAGGAUUGAGCUAUUGAAAAUCAAAAGUACAUUUCAUUUUCUUAUGGCAGAAAAGAACCUUUGUAGAAAAUUUGUUAGUGAUUAAAAACCAACAAAAUAACAACUAGCAGAGCCAAGUACAGAAAUUACAUGAUUGCUUAUCAGAAUAGUAAUCUCACAUUUCCACUUGCCCUAGGGACGCCUUUGCUGAAAUUUUAUAAAAUCCACAAACCCAACAUGACCAGCACCACCAUUUCCAGUUUGGUGUGGUUGUCUUCCAGCUCGUUUCCUGAUUCCAGUCUCCCACCUGACUGGUUCAGCUAAUUGUUCUUUGUGUUGGUUUUUACCUUGAAGGAGAAUAUGCGUUUAUUGAAUAUUUUGUUCUUAUCUGUGAGAUUCUAACACUGAGAAGAAUUCUAGAUACAUGUGUUUAAAAAUGUUAAUUUAUGAAGCUUAACCUCACGGUACAAAUCAUGCUCUGCUAAUAAGCUUUCAUUUUCAGAUUUAUGGGCCAUAUAAAAAGGGAAGACGACUCUAGGAAGAUUCUGGAGAGAUGAAAUUUGUUAAAUAUGAAAAAGAUUUGGCAUCUGUUGUAAGAAUCGUGAAGUGGGGGAGUUAGGAUGAUUAUCCCUUUCUCACAUAAAAGCAGGAGUGAGAUACUGAGGAACUGUGUCACAUAAUGGUUGGGUACCAACUUGAAGACAGAUGCUGGAGGGAUGGGGGAAUGAUGGUAUUACAAAAAUAGUCUGUACCUAACCACAACACAGUAGUUAUAUCGUGAAAAUCUUCAGAAUCAGAGAAUCUAGGACUGAGGUGUUUCCUUCACCUUAUGGGUAAAACCACAUUGAGUACUGAGGUCAUUAAUGAAUCCAGAAAAACCUAGAAAAUAUUCAAUUUAUUCUAAAGGCAGUACUAAGUAAAGAGAAUAAAAACUAUUCUAUGUCUUAAGUUAGUAAUAAUGGCCUGUAAAUAACUAAUAUGAAUUUAUUGAUUGCUAGAAACUAAGGUUUCUACUCUAGAAUGUAAAUUUAUUUUAAUGUUUGCAAUUUCAUUGUAAUUCUGUUUAACAUUUGUAAAUUCAUUUUGCAAAUUUGGGGAUGAAGGGAGUGAAGUACACGCUAUAGUAAAGGAGGUUGUCACACCUUCAUCUGUAAUGGCAUAAGACAUUCAGAGACCCCUGAUGCCCUGGGAGAUAAAUGAUGGCUACAUCUCAGUUGCACUGUAUGUCUCACUCUAACCUUAGGUGACUCACUGUUCACUAGUCUCAACAAAUCUUUUCUCAACCUGCCACACCUUUGAACUUUUUCUAUAAUUAAAAGAGAAAUUAAUUCUUGCUUCUCUUACUCUUCACUGCUUGUUAGUGAGUGGUUGGUCCUGGCCAGUGAUUAAACUUAUAGACAGACAGUAUAUCUUUUCUUUAAAAACAUCUUCCUUCCUCAUUGAACCUGAUUUUAAUCAUUCAUUCAUUUGUCAACAGAUAUGAAGUAUCUAGUAUUUUUUUCAAUACUGUGCUAGGUAAUGGUUAUACAGUGGUGUGUAACCCCUUUCCUUGUGUUUAGAUCCAAGAAGAGGAAACUGUCGAAUUAAAAUUGCUAUUCCUUCCCUAACACUUGCUGUGUUUUUCCAUAGUAUUUAUCAGCAUCUAAGACUUUAUUUAUUUAUUUAUUUAUUAGAUUUCAUACACAGAAUAUUGGUUACAUUAGGGCAAAUAAGGAUUUGUGUAUGUUUUCCUGAAAGAGUAUUUGUUGAUUGAAAAACAAGAAAGGCACAUCUAAUUUGUCAGCAUAUCCCUUGAUUCUCCUUCUUCAGCCUGUCUUUAACCCUCCUGCUGCUUCCUUUUAAUUCAGGCCAUUGUUAUUUUUAUUUUUUGGCCAUGCCUCAGACAUGCAGAAGUUCCAGGGUCAGGGACUGAAUCCACACCACAGCAGCAAUCUGGGCCACAGCAGUGACAACACUGGAUCCUUGCCUGCUGCGCCACCGAGGAACUCCAAGCCAUUUUUAUUUUUGCCUAAUCUAUUAAAGUAGCUUUCCUCUCCUCAGUAGUACCUUUCCCCCUCCAGAUGGCUGCAAAUAAUUUUCGUAAAAUUCAAGUCUGAAUUUCUUCACCAUCUUCCAUCUAAGGGCAAAUCAGUCUUCUUUGCUUUUUAUUAUUGGGUUCCUUCCUGUCUGUCCAGCCUUGGAUGUUUCAUUUCCCUGCCACGGUCUGCUCUCCAUCUCAAACUCUGUGCAGCAAAUGUCUCAGUAGAUGGAAUUUCUUUAAGCUUUUUUGUGAAGUGUGGUGGCUAGACCAGAGGCUAUUUAGAAAUGCAAGUUUUAGGCUCUACGUUGAGGCCCACUGAGUCAGAACCCUGGGAGCAGAACUAAGCAAACCAAACAAGCCUUAGUGAUCCUUAAAUUUGAGAAACACUGCUUUAAUCCUUUUUUUUUUUUUUUUUUAAGUUCAUUUCCUUAGCAUGCUCAGCCAUGAUUUACCAUGCUUUCACUAUCGUUUUCAUUUGUGUAACUAAAUGGACAUCAUUAACCCUGAAAUGAAACCUCGACCUGUCUCCCAGUUGGUUGCACAGCAGGUUACUCAGCAGUUUGUGCCCCCUACACAGUCAAAGAAAGAGAAAAAAGAUAAAGUAGACAAAGAAAAAAGUGAAAAGGAAACAACUAGCAAAAAGAACAGUCAUAAGAAAACCAGACCAAGAUUGAAAAAUGUGGAUCGGAGUAGUGCUCAACAUUUGGAGGUUACUGUUGGCGACCUGACAGUCAUUAUUACAGACUUUAAGGAGAAAACAAAGUCACCGCCUGCAUCCAGUGCUGCCUCUGCAGAUCAGCACAGUCAGAGUGGCUCUAGCUCUGAUAACACAGAGAGGGGAAUGUCCAGGUCAUCUUCACCCAGAGGAGAAGCCUCAUCAUUGAAUGGAGAAUCUCAUUAAAGUUUAUUUUCUCCAGUUUCUUAGUCACCUCUGUCGUACCAUGCAGAUAGACAGAUUAUGCCAAGAAGUACCACAUUUUCAUGACAAACGUAUUCAUGCACAAUCCAUAAUUUGUGUUUUACAUAAAAUAGAAAUUUGUUAGAUUUUAUUGCAAUCUCUGCCUACCAAACAUUUCCAGUCUUAACAUUUUGGUCUCCGCAGUUAAAGAUGCCAUGAAAAUGUGGUUGAAUUAUUCAUUAUGCAGUGUUAUUGGUAAGUCUGUUUUCACUUUUAGUUUAGUGAAUUCUAACACAUAAUUCUUGAAUUCUCUACUAUUGGCAUGUAACGAAUUUAAAUUUUUAUAACAUAGUGCAAGCUGCCUAAAUAUGUAUUAUUUGAGAAUUGUGAAACAGAUAGUUAUAUGUAUACAAGUCAAAGAUCAACUUAAUCAAACUAUUGCUGCAACAGGAUUUUCUUAAUGGCUAUCCUCUUAAAUACACCUGCUGGUACUUGGUGUGGUUAAAUAGGAAAAUUGUUAUUAAAUAAAGAAUUUGUAUGAACCAUUGCCAAUGUUUUUGACACAUUUUACUAAAUUAUUGUUCCUGAAUUAUGUUUUUGGUUUUCUAUUUUGGGUUUUUGUUUUUUUUUUUUGCUUAUAUUACAAAACAUUCAUUUAUUGUAAUGUUUACUAGCAGACUAGUGAACAGUAAAACAAUUAGCUUUAUAGUUCAGGUUUAGUGCUAUUGUCAUGAAACACUGGUAUUUUCUGUAUUAUAUAGAACAUUAAAAUUCAAAUAGUAGUUAUAAGCAUUUGGCAAAAACAGAAAAGAAAAGAAACCUGCCGUAUUUUAAAAGCUGCAAUUUUGGUAAAGCUUUAACUUAAUAAUAGUUUUAUCACUGUUUCCUUGCCCCGAACUUAUCCAGGGUCAUAGAAGUAUGAAUCUAAUUAAUAGAGAAAUAGGAACUGUUGCACAGAACUGGGAAAUAACUAAUCUUAAAUCAGUUUAAUUGGCCUCUUAAAUACAACAAUUCUUAUAAAAGUUAGAGUGUACUAUUUUCAGAAACAAUUGCCAGUUUAUGCAUUUAUCAAUAUCCUGAACUUUAAAAAAAUAUUUACAGCCCCACUUACUAUUAUGUAAAUUUACCAAUAAAAUAUUUUUAUGACUACAGAUUUUGCAUUUUUGUUUACAGCUAAUAAAAGUGUUUUAUGUUGUACUUAAAAAUCCAACUUAGAAACCACACAGUGCUUCUUAAAUUCGCUUAGGGUCUCCUGCUUCCUCUUAGCCAUUUGCUUAAUAUAUAUUCACAUAUAGGAGACUUCUGAACUAUAAAUGAACUUUAAAUCAUAACUCGGAUGCAAAAUAGCAUGUGAAAACAUCAUGAUAGCAUUUGAAGAAAGAAGUAAAACUAUAGACCCUGGCAGUUGUGAUAUUUGGUGGUUUCAUGUGGUAAUGUAAUUUUCUGUUUAAUUGCAGUACUUUUUACAGGCACAAUGGUACUGUCUUUUUUGUAAGAUGCAACUUGUGAAAUACAGUUAAUUGCAUACAGUAAAAGUCUGUGAUUAAAACAUUUAUAUACCUCAUUCUUUAGUGUUGUUAAAUUAAAAAAAUUUAUUUAUUUUAAGAUACUUUCAGUGGAACCCCAAAUAACUGGUAUGUUCUUAUAAAACACGAAAUUUUUUGUCUUUAUUUUUUACAUAUUUCAAAUGUCAUAUAUAUAUUCAUUUUUAAAAAGUAAAAAUUACAAGUAGUAACUGUAAUAGGGGAAAUAUUCUAAUAUGAAGUCAACGUAAUUGUAGGUAUUGGGUCUUCUGAUGAUGAAAUACUUUCAGGAUGUAUUUUAAAUGGACUGCGAAAGAGAGAAAUCAGACAAAAGAUGGGAUUUUACCUGAACGGGAUAAUCAUUUUUCCAAAUAACGGGGAGACAUUAAUUACAGCAUGGAAAUUAAGAGUACUAAGUGAUGUCUGGUGUUGGAAUUCCUGUUGUAGAACCUAAGUGAGCUUGAGUAAAUCACUCAAGGUCAUUUCUCAUCUAUUGCACAGGGAUAAUGAUCAUAUAUAACUCAGAGGGUUGUUGGAAGAAUUAAAUAUCAAUCAAUAUAAAAUUCUUAACCAUUACCUGAGACAUACCCAGUGCCCAGUAAAUGACUGUCUUUAUAGGUAAAAUCUCAUUACAGAAACUUUUUUUUUUUUGGUAACAAGAAUUAUUGCCAUGCCUUCUUGGAUGGCCAAAAGAAAUUGCGUUCUAUACAUUACAGUGGGUUUUCUACGUGAGAUGUUUGCUCUGAUCCCAGACCAGCCAUCUUUCUAUAAUUAACCUGAUGGGAUGCAUUAUGAGAUGGGAGAAAUGAGCUGAGUUGGCUACUUUGAAAUUUUGUUUUCCUUUAAUUAAUCACAGUUAUCUUUACCUGCCUUCAUUUCACCCUACCUCAAAUACACUUCUAAACUAGGAAACAGACUCAAGUUCCAUAAAUACUUAAACCUAAUCUUAAAAUAUGCAAAAAGAUGCAGAGCCUGGGCUUAGGGUACAUUUUUAGCUCUGUUUCAUCAAUUUACCCUGUGAUUUUAACAGUGGAUUCUUUUAGCCAAAUUCUAUACAGAAAGAGAAUUUGGAUGUUUUUCAGAGUUUAUUAGCUUAUUUUGAUAUAAGUAAUAGUGAAGAUAUAAGUUGAGGCAUACAAGAAUACAUAUUCUUAAAACCUUUUCUAUUACACAGUAGAAAUAGUUGACUUAAUAACUUAAAGGUUUUAUUUUUAUGAGAUGCUUUCCUUAAAUUAUAAUGAUAGUAGUAGACAAAGUGAAAGUGUUGAAAAAGGAAGGAAAACCUCAGCUUUUCUAAGUCAAUAACAUUUAUUACCUUUCUUUCAGACAAAAAUCCUUAUUGCCUGAAAACAACAUAGUUUCUUCAUAUUAUAUGCAUUUAUGCUAAGUGGUCUAGGAGUUUCAGUUUCCACUGAAACCCUUAUUUAUUUGCUUGGUCUGCACGUUUUUUGUGGAAUGUUUUGAAGAACUGAAGUCGGAGCUGGGCCAUUGAUAGAAAUUUCUGUACUGAAAAUUAAGUGAAAACAGAAUAGUGAGUGGGUGUAUAAGAAGGAUAAUCAUAAAGUAACACUUUGACAUAUUAGCACUGGCCCCUCUCUUCAACCCCACGCACCUUUAGUUGUCUGGAAUACACAACAGUUGAAGUGUAGAAAAGUCACCAGUGACAAAAAUAGCUGAACAGAAUCAGGAUACAGGAUGUGACUGAUCAUUUUGUGAAAGCACAAGGAAAAGAAUGUCCUCACUGGCUGUUAAGGGUGAUGAAAAAGAAGUUCCCAUAAUAUCACAGGCAAGGAAGGAUAGGAAGGGGAUAAAAUGAGGGAGGAUGAAGGAGAAAAAGCAAAAAUAGUAGCAGAAAUUAGAAAGCAGGGCAUUGGGAUGCAAUCUGGAUAAUAGAAGAGUCACUAGGAAAGGAAAGAACAAAUAGGAUGUAUAGUAUCUCUGUCUUGAGAAAAUUUUUAAGACAUGCUGUGAUAAAUCAUCUUCGUAAUGACUCAGUCAUUAAAGUGUCUGUUGUGUUUGGUAGACUAUUUGGAGCCGCAAUAUGUGCAUUUGCUGUAAAACAGUUUUCUUCAAAACCAUUCUUUUUUAGAAGCUGUUUUAGAGAAGAUUUACCUUGAAUUAUACGAACACUUUACUUUCCUGAAUGCACAGCCUUGCUAGCCCGGAUAAUUUAAAUGUUAUGUUUGUAAUGUGGCUUUGCAUUUAGCCAGUGCUGAUAUGUGGAAUGGGCCAAUUCUAGAGGAAGUGAAAUGCCAUGGUAAGACCAGAUACUGCUAUAGAAAAAUCAGUUAGAUCCCUGAAAGCUCUCAGUUCUCUGGGACAUGGUUCAUGUUGUGAAUUUUUUUCGGUGGUGAUGUCUUUCCCUUCCCGCCAUCAGUAGACGUUGUGGACUGUAGUAGCUACUUUAAUGCUGUUAAUACUUUCAGUAUUUCUGUGAUUUAGAUUUUCUUUAUGUCAGUAUUCAAUGCAGCGAACAUUCAUUUAGUAAGUUUUGUAUUCUAGGCACUGGUCUAGAGAGUGGGUUGCAGAGGACAAAGACGCGGAACUCCCAUGUUAGAGGAGAGCUAGGUAAAUAAAUAAUCAUAAUGCCAUUAGUGCAACAGUAAAACUAUGUAUAAAAUACUGAAGUAACAGGGCAGAGGGAGUGUUUGCCAUCUUUUUUUCUCCUCUAGAAACUUCACAUUGGCUUGGGUAUCCAGUUAAGUAUCUCAUCUCACUAGUUGUCACCAGAAGUUUUGGCCAGCAACCAUUUUAUUACUGCAGCUUGUAGUUUUGAAAGUUUAGGACUUUAAGCCAUGUACUGCGAGAUUAUUGUUUUCCUAUACUAAUUUUUAAAAAUCAGGAAACAGCUGAAUGAGGUAUGCUAUUGCAUUUUUGUGAAGAUUUUAAGGAAACACUUACUCAGAAUCCAAAUGAGAAACAUUUUUCAGACCUGUUUCAUGAAAAGCUGUACUUCACUUGAGAAAUCAAUUUGCCUUUUUCUUAUGAACAAUGCAAAUUAUUGAUUGUCCUCAGUUUUUGUUUAGCUGUGAGAAAUCUCAGAUUAAAACUAGAUUUUUAAUAAUUAGUAUAACUUAACCUGCAUAUCCCUAUUCUAACCUGUUAUUCUUGAUAUAUUUUUCUUGAUUCCAGUUUUAAUAUACUUAAGCUUUUCCUGGUGUUCUCAUCAAGUUCCUCAAAUCUCUUCUGUAAAUAAGGCUAAAUAAUAAUAAAUUUUGAAAGAUUUCAAAAAACUGCUUUGUUUUGGUGAGGAUAAGCCCAACAUGAAGUUUUGGGGUCUAGGAUCCAGUAAAAUGGAUUCAGUUGGAAUUCCUGAGAAGUGGAAAUAAUAAGUUCGACAAGUCUUUAAUUGCAUUGGGUUUAGAUCUGCUGACUUGCCUGGAAGUAGGGAAUGUGGAUAGAAGCUACCAUCUCAUCUUCAUAUUUUCAUUCACUCUUUUAUCAAGAGAAUUCAGAAACUAAACUGGAUACCAAGAUUUACUAAUUUAGACUUUCUCGUGUGUAUUAUUUUCAGUAUCCUCUUAGUUCAGACUAAUAGCAAUAAUGAAAUUAGCUUGUGUUUACUUUUAGAGUCAGCAAGAUUGAGAAAAAUUUAAGAUGCUGUAUAAAAAACCCUAAAAGUUUAGGAGAAGAAUCUCAAGGACAAAAAGGUAGUGAAAGUAUUUUUUAAAAAAGAAAAAGGAAAGUAGACUUUUCAGAAUUAAAGAGCAGAGUGAUCUGGCUUUAGGUCCAAGAGGUAAUUUUUGGUCUUUAAUAAGAGAAAAUAUAAAAGUCUAUGUAUGAUGUUUUCAAUAUAGGAUACAAUAGAUAAUCUAAAGAACACUUUAAUUAGAGAAAAAUGGACUUUUUUAAACUUUAUUAAAACAUAAAAUAGAGAAAUGUAAAAAGAGGGAGGCCCCUGGCUCAGUGAGUUAAGGAUCCAGCUUUGUCAUUGCUGUGGCUCUGGUUACAACUCUGGUGUGUUUAAUCCUUGGCUCUGGUUACAGCUCUGGGUGUGUUCAAUCCUUGGCCGGGAACAUACUCAUGCCAUGGGUGCAGCCAAAAAAAAAGAAAUGUAAAAAACCAAACAUAGCACAGGGCUGUUUAGGAUGUAAUUUUUGUAUAGAAAAGAAUAUGGAUAAGAAUUCUAAUUUAAUUUUUUAAUUAAGCACUCUACUUCUAAAGUGUGAUGGUAUCGGGAUUUUCAAUUAUUUUCAUUUUUCAAUUUUGGGGACUCUGAUUCCACAAAUUUAUCUGUUACUUAAUAUUAUUAUAAUCAUGACCUUGAUCCACGGCAGGUUUUUGGAGAACUUGAGCGUGUAUGUUUAAAUUCUAAUUUUCCCAGUGACUCAAAUUUCCCUGCAAUCUAAAUCUAGCUUUCGAUUUUACUGAUGGCAUUUUUUUAAAAAAAUUAAAUAGUGUAUAAUCUGAUGUAUUAAUGGGAAUGGAGCAUUCCUGAGGAUUGAACCAGAGGGAAAUACAAGGAAGGUCCAUAGGGUAUUCCUUCCUUCCCUCUCCACCCUGCUCCCUUCAUACUCUCCCUCCUGUGCAGACGGAAAUGCCAGCCAAAUUCUGGAAUCAUAUAGGAGUUGAGGUGUCCCCGUUUAUCAGUCUCUUCUAGUCAUGUGGUCCGUAGCGAGUGUUUUGAGAAUGGAGAGAAUCACAUUACUCUUUCGUCCUCCCCCACCCCUGUCCCUUUCCCAUAUUUACUGGAUUGAAUAAACACUUAAAAUGAAACACUUUUUGCUCCAACUGACGGUUUAAGUUUCCAACUCUUCCCUCCAGCCCAACAAGGUCUCUAGGAAACGGACUGUGGAAAAUGGAGAAAUAUGACUGCAGGCCAACUGGAGAGAAUGAUUUUCACUUUUAGUCUGAGUUUCUGAUUCUUUGUGCUCUGCCACUGAUUUGGCUUUUAUUUCUCUGAUUGUAAAUUUCAUUUGCUUUUAAUCCCCAAGACCAGUCUAAGAGAUUUUCAUAUAACAUUGUUUUCAUUUUUGCUCUUAAUUUGCAUCACUCAGUUUAGCAUUUAUUUGUUCAUAGUGAGAUAGCAUGGUAUAAGGAGAAAACAAACAUGCACUUUGUAUCCUCAAAGAUUUCCAUUUGAAUGAAUGGAUCUUUAUUAUUAGCCAUGUGGUUAACCAGCUUCUCUGAAUUUCAAGUUCCUUGUUUUUUAAAGAAUAAGAUAACAUCUAUUAAUGUAGGUGUUAUUAGGGUUAAGUUAGAUUAUGCAUAAACUUUUAUAAAGUGGAAGUUACAUUUAAUUAAAAGUUUUUGAACUUUACUCUGAAAAGGUACAGAAUUUAUCUUUUUCCUUAUGGGAUUUUUUUAAAAAAGAAGUACUAAAAUGUAGACAUGGGAAGGAAAUGCUGAGCAGGACCUAAAUUUGCUCUAGAGUGACUUGAAAAAGUCCACCUAAAUUUACCUUUUUGACAGGAUGAGGGGAAGAUCAACCUUGAUUAAAAAUUUGGAUAUAAUUAGUCUGUCAUUAGAAAAUUAAGAGGGUGGACUAGAGGUGAAAAAAAUAGACCUAAGAAUAUGCACAUACACACAGUAAAAGAAAUGCCUAAACAUUAUGAUGUAAAAAUAUUUUAAAUAAUUUACCAUUAAUUUUAGGAAUAUCCAAAUGUAGCAUGUGAAUCCUGGAAGUGAUCAGAAGGGUGUGCACACAGCUCCUUAAACUCCAAGAUAACCCGUUAGGACAGUGUGGGUAAUACAAAAAUCACUCCUAUUUUUGGAAUGCCUUAUAUGCUUUUUCAACAGGAUUUCCUUUUUAAUUAUAGGAUUAAAAACAACCUAAAGGGAUGAUGUGGUCCAGAACCCUGAUGUCAAGUAAAUAGAUGAUUAUUCUUCUGGAUAUGUUCUUCCCAUAUAUUGUUGCAGAAAUGAAAACUGCCAUUCCAGUAUUCUAACAAUCUGUGGGUCAUUAAAUUAUUCUUUUUUUUUUUUUUUACAUUUAGUUGGUUGAAAGAGAAACAAGUGUAGUUAGCAUCUGUUUAAACAUACUUUGAGUACUAGCUCUUAUUCUUAGUUUCUUGGUCCUUUAGUUUUCUCUCUCAAAAUCUAUUUUCCAGUCUUAGAAAUACUUUUGUUAUCCAUCUUUGUAUCUUGUUAAAUUUAUCUUAAUUUCUCUAAGAAUUGUAAGGUGUAGUGGAAGGAUUAACUUCAUAUUGUCACUGUUCUUACUGGCCUGUCUCCCUUUUUGAGGGCGGUACAGUCUAGCCCCUUGUCUGGCAUGUAGAAUAUAUUCAAUAAAUGUUUAUUG